AGACUCAUUUCUUUAAUGUCAGGUGAAUUAAAGAUUGGUCUGAAAGUCCUUGAAAUGAGAGGAAAUGCAGUUGUCGGGUACUUGCAGUGUUUUGAUCUGGAGGGCGAGUCUGGGUUAGUGGUACGAGCCAUAGGAACAGCGUGUACUUUGGAUAAAUUAAGUAGCCCGGCGGCAUUCCUUCCUGCAUGUAAUUCCCCAUCCAAAGAAAUGAAGGAGAUUCCCUUCAAUGAAGAUCCCAGCUCCAAUACUCACUCAUCAGGACCCUCAACCCCUCUGAAAAACCAAACUUAUUCCUUUUCACCUUCCAAGUCCUACAGCCGACAGUCCUCUUCUUCUGACACAGAUUUGAGUUUGACACCCAAAACUGGAAUGGGAAGUGGUAGUGCUGGAAAAGAAUUGGGGCCGUUUAAAGCCCUGUUGAGACAACAGACUCAGUCCGCCCUGGAGCAGAGGGAGUUUCUGUUUUUCACCCUGACGGCCUUUCCUCCUGGGUUUCUCCUUCACGUUGGAGGUGUUGUCAGCGCACGCUCGGUGAAGCUUUUGGAUCGUAUCCACAAUCCAGAUGAACCAGAAACUCGAGAUGCAUGGUGGGCAGAGAUCAGACAAGAAAUCAAAUCGCAUGCUAAAGCGUUAGGCUGUCAUGCCGUGGUGGGCUACAGCGAAUCCACUAGCAUCUGUGAAGAGGUCUGUAUUUUAUCUGCUUCCGGGACGGCGGCCGUGCUGAACCCCCGCUUUCUGCAGGAGGGCACCGUGGAGGGCUGUUUGGAACAAAGGCUUGAAGAAAAUUUGCCUGUUGGCUGUGGAUUUUGCCAUAUACCAUAUGAUGAACUGAAUAUGCCAUUGCCAGCUCAUCUCACAUAUUGCUAUAACUGCAGGAAACAAAAAGUUCCUGAUGUUCUGUUUACCACUAUAGACCUCCCAACAGAUGCAGCUGUUAUUGGAAAAGGUUGUCUCAUUCAAGCAAGAUUAUGUCGCUUAAAGAAGAAGGCACAGGCCGAAGCGAACGCCACAGCUGUCAGUAAUCUCCUGCCGUUUAUGGAGUAUGAAGUGCACACCCAGCUGAUGAACAAGCUAAAACUCAAAGGAAUGAACGCCUUGUUUGGGCUGAGAAUUCAGAUCACAGUGGGUGAAAAUAUGUUGAUGGGCUUAGCGUCUGCUACAGGUGUGUAUCUGGCAGCCCUCCCCCCACCCGGUGGCAUCCAGAUUGCUGGGAAGACUCCAAAUGAUGGCACCUAUGAGCAGCACGUCUCUCACAUGCAGAAGACCAAUGACACGAUCGCCAAGAACAAAGAGCUGUAUGAGAUCAGUCCUCCUGAGAUAUCUGAAGAGAUUAUAGGAUCACCCAUCCCAGAACCUAGACAACGCUCAAGACUUUUACGAUCUCAAUCAGAGAGUUCUGAUGAAGUUACAGAAUUAGAUCUUUCACAUGGAAAAAAGGAUGCUUUUGUUUUGGAGAUCGAUGACACGGAUGCCAUGGAGGAUGUACACUCCCUGCUGACAGAUGUCCCCCCGCCCUCAGGCUUUUACAGUUGUAAUACAGAAAUCAUGCUUGGUAUAAAUAAUUGGACAUCUGAAAUACAGAUGUUUACAUCAGUAAGAGUAAUCAGAUUAAGCAGCCUUAACCUGACUAAUCAAGCUCUCAAUAAGAACUUUAAUGAUCUCUGUGAAAAUUUGCUCAAGAGCCUGUAUUUUAAACUGCGGUCCAUGAUCCCCUGUUGCCUUUGCCAUUUAAAUUUUACGGUAUCUCUGCCUGAAGAUGAAUUAAUUCAGGUUACAGUCACAGCAGUUGCGAUAACUUUUGACAAAAACCAGGCAUUACAAACCACAAAAACACAUGCUGAAAAGUCGUUGCAAAGAGCCUCUACGGACAGUGAAGACCUUCUGCAGUUUGCACUGGAGCUCUGUUCAGAUUCACUUCCUUCGCAUCCUUUUCCACCGGCGAAAGCUGUGACAGGUGAAAAAGCAAGUCCAAUGGGAGAAGGAAAUUUCCGGAAUCGCUCUGCCCCACCAUGUGCAAACUCCACAGUUGGGGUUGUUAAGAUGACACCACUUUCCUUCAUUCCUGGAGCAAAAAUAACUAAGUAUCUUGGGAUAAUUAACAUGUUUUUUAUUCGGGAAACCACUUCUCUUCGUGAGGAAGGAGGCGUCAGUGGUUUUCUCCAUGCGUUUAUUGCGGAGGUGUUCACGAUGGUGAGAGCUCACGUUGCAGCGUUAGGAGGGAAUGCUGUUGUCUCCUACAUAAUGAAGCAGUGUGUUUUCAUGGAGAACCCAAAUAAAAACCAGGCACAGUGUCUUAUAAAUGUAAGUGGGGAUGCAGUGGUUUUUGUUCGUGAAUCUGACUUGGAAGUGAUACCCACUCAGCAGUCCACUGCCAACUGCCAGCCAUUAUGUACCAGAGGAGAAGUUACAACUUGAAGAAAAUUAGAAGGAAUGAGCUGAACUAAGCAAAAUUCAUCUCUCUCCACUGUUCUGUCCUUAGUAUCUACACAUUUUUUUUUAAAGUUUGAGUUUAAUUUGAGGCGAUUAAGAAAGAACAGACACUUCAUGAAUAGAUGUGAUCUGUCUGGAAUCUCUUGAAGGGCUGAGAAUGUCCUAAUCCUUAGACGGGCUCCAUGGAAUCCUGACCCGGCACUAAGUUAAGGCAGAUUUCUAAGAGAACUAUAACAAAAAUGUCGGAAGUUACUAGUAAUUUAUUCUGAUUUUAAGAAAAUCAUAAUUUAAAAUGUAAAGAUUGCCAGGAAGCAAAAGAAUGAUCAUAGUAUAAUUUGGAAAAAUAAAUUGAAGCCUUGCUAAUUAGUAGAUUGUCUGAUAAGAAGUGUGUGGGAACAGUUGUGAAGAGGUUUCAGAAAUCCACUGUGACUUUGCUGAUGUGUUUUGUUCUGAUGAGGAAUUUUGUAACCGCUGAGGGGAAAGUACACGAACGUUGUUGACAAAAAAGCUAAAACUCUGCAGUUAACAUCCCUAAGACAACCUGAGUACAAUAAGAGAAAGCAGUUUUAUAGAAAGCAAUUUUCAGAGCUGGAGUCCUUUUACUGACUAAGAAGAAGGGAACGUAUGAUUUCAUACUGGUCACAUCUGAGUUAAUGUUUAAUUUGUCCAGAAGAUGACAGUUGCUUAAACUGCGAAGCAAACGUCAACAAGUUUUCUUGAAGAAAUAAAAAUACAGUAGGAGUGUAAAAUCGUUUUCUAAUAAAAUUAUGUUAAACUCCCAAACGAACAGAAAGCUGGUAAGAAUCUGAGAAUUUUCAGUGGUUAGCUUGUAUUGGCAUAGGACCCUGAGAUAUAACUUGAAUGUAAAUAUCCUGCAAGUUGUUGAAUGUACGCAUAGAAAUGCUUUUUCUGUCAAUGCCAAAUGCCUGUUGUAAAUGAGCUGUAAAAAUGAACAUUCCUCCUUUGCAUAA